UUCGUACAAAAGAAAGGACCUACUACUUUUAGCUGAUUCACAGUGUAGUGCAUUUUACACCGCACAGAGAAGCAGAUGAACGACUGUUACCAAGUGUCACGACUGUCACGAGUAACUAACCUAAAAACUGAAAAUUCAAAUUUUUCUUCUCGUCUCAAUAAUUUUUCAUUUUUUUGCGCAUUAUAACGUUUUAAAAGCUUUGUUGCAGUCAGUUGGUAGUUGAACUAAGAACAAAUAAAGAAAAAAUCUUGAAAAUGAGUGGUAUGCCAGUUAGUUCCUCAACACUUCUACCCUUGGAAUUGGUAGACAAAUGUAUUGGUUCAAGAAUACAUAUCAUCAUGAAAAAUGAUAAAGAAAUUGUGGGAACAUUACUAGGGUUUGACGAUUUUGUCAAUAUGCUAUUAGAAGAUGUUACAGAGUAUGAAACCACUCCUGAAGGCAGAAGAAUAACCAAGCUAGAUGAGAUUCUACUGAAUGGAAAUAACAUAACUAUGCUGGUACCAGGAGGAGAAAUGCCUGAAUGACUUGGUAUAAUUUUUUAUAAGUUUUUUACAAUCAGUAUGAUGUUUAAUUUAAUAUAAUAUAGGUCAAGGAUGAGAUAAGGAAGAAUUGAUUUAAUAUCACUUCCUCUUAUCAACAUGGAAUAUUUUUUUAUAAUGCAUAAAAUAAGGGUUGAUCUUGAAUCACAUUCAAUGUUGUUUACUUUACUUUUGAAAUCAUUAAUUCUUUGGUGCCGAUUUUUCAACGUCUUUAGUCACUAAAAAAAUGGGAUUGAAGAUAUUUUACAGCUCAAUGAUGAAUCUCGAAACUGUUUCUAAAAAAGUUAUCUGAAGGAAAACACAAUGUUGAAUUUUUCAAUUUUAAUUAUUUGUAAUAAGUAAAGGAGGUGAAUAAUUUAAGAAACAUAAAGAAUCAUGAGUACCUCAAUAAUUACAGAUCUUAUGUACAUAAUAGGUGUUACAUGUCAGAGUUCAAUUGAAAUAAUAAAAGUGUAAUUGUAAAACAAUUAUAAAAAACUCCUAGAUCUUUUAGCAGAAUGAAAGUACUAAAAAUGUUUACUAACUAAAGAGUUGUUCCGUUGCCCGUUCUAUAUCCCAAUUAUACGAGGAAAGUGCAACUAGAGCCUGAUGGUCGUCAACUCCCAUAUCUACAAGCCUCUUAAUCUUGCUAUCACAAUCAGUAUUUACAUUGGGACCUGAAAUAAUUAUAACUUAUCAUUACAAGCCAGCUCAUCAAAACGGCGUUAGGCGUAUUUAGCUCUUGUAUUUUAUUCCUGCCCAUUCAUAAGUCAUUUUGAUUCCUAAAUCCUCGUCUCAGUACGGAUCUGCUUGUGCGCAUUAGUGCUUUUACAGUAGAAAUAUACAGCAGCGCAUGAACAUAACAUUGAUGACGCAAAGAUUUCACGCGCGCCUCUGAUGGUACAAUUUGGAACUGAGGAUAUUGAGAUAAAGAACAAAGAUUACAUAAAAAAACAUGCUUGAAAAAUGUUGCCACUAGUACCGACUAGAGUUCCUAAAUGUACUUGACACUGCUGAUUUGACGUUUUUUUUAUAUGGGUUGCGUGCAAGAACUGU